CCGGAAGGGACGGUUUGAAAUCCUUUUUUGUUGUCGUUUUUCAUUUAGCUGGUUAACGUUAGCUGUAUAUUUGUGUUGUUCAGUCAUUUUUUGUUUGCACAAUUAGCCGCACAGAAUUGAGAAACCCUGAAAAAUGCUGUCUUUAGACUUUCUCGAUGAUGUACGGCGGAUGAAUAAGCGGCAGCUCUACUACCAGGUCCUGAAUUUCGGCAUGAUCGUAUCCUCAGCUUUGAUGAUUUGGAAAGGCCUUAUGGUUGUGACUGGCAGCGAGAGUCCAAUUGUGGUAGUUCUCAGUGGGAGUAUGGAACCAGCUUUUCACCGGGGAGACCUCCUCUUCCUAACCAACAGAGUGGAAGAUCCCAUCAGAGUUGGAGAAAUUGUGGUCUUCAGGAUAGAGGGACGAGAGAUUCCAAUAGUCCACAGAGUCCUCAAAAUUCACGAGAAAGAAAACGGAGACAUUAAGUUUUUGACCAAAGGAGACAACAAUGCAGUGGACGACCGGGGCUUGUACAAGCAGGGUCAGCAUUGGCUGGAGAAGAAGGACGUGGUCGGCAGGGCGCGAGGGUUUGUGCCAUACAUAGGAAUUGUUACGAUUCUCAUGAAUGACUACCCAAAAUUCAAGUACGCUGUUCUGUUCCUGCUGGGACUGUUCGUGUUGGUCCAUCGGGAGUGAAGGCUUUGCCUGAAUUAUUUGCAGACGGUUCCUUGUUUCAGCUGUGACUUUGUUAAAAGUGUGACUCUUGCUCCUGUGCCUGAGGAUGGAGGGACAGGGGGGGGGUCAUUUUUAAAGCACCAAUUUUUCUAUGCUCCCUGCCAGGCAGUGAUGUGUUCCACAAAAGCCAAGUUUAAAACCGGGGUUGCUACCUUAUCAGGGAAUGAGACUUUGGUUACAAUAAAAAGGGUUCUGGAAUUCUCACAAAUAUUCCGCUUCUUUCAUAUUCUUUUGCUAAAGUUGCAGUUUUUUUUUUGCCUUCAUUUUUUAAAGCUUUUUAAAAAAUGUGACACUGCCUACCACCCUAUUCAUAUUAUUUUUCAUGUGUUUUAAAAGUGACUAUAAAUAUCUAUAAAAAACUGAACCAGUUGAGCUGCAUAAUGCUUCAAAGGACAAAGCUUAUAUAAAGCUAUCCCAGACAGUGCUGGUGUUACUAAACAAUCAGCAGUUUGUAGCCUCUUGGGGGAGAGGCUGCAUAUGAUGCUGUGAAUUAUGGUAACUUGUUCCAUUUGCUGUUUACAAACUGCAACUCCAUUUGCUUCAGUGGAAACAAUAAGGGUCAAAGCAUAUUAAAUAUAUUCAGCAACAUCCUUGUGUGUACACACAAUUGUUGACUGAGAAUUAUUGUGUUGGAAUACUUUGUCCUGUUCAGAAUGUCUGGAAUGUUCUCUUGAUGUUACAAGUGACAGAGAUGAAAUAAAUGAUCUAUGA